UUUGAUCGCUUAUUCAUUUCUGCUUUGUUUUUAGGUUAGUUAUGGAAUUUAUGUUUUAUGUUGAAAUAGGUUAGUCAGUAUAAGUGUUUUGAAAAUGGCAAAUACUGGAGUUUUGCCCUUUGUGCGUGGUGUAGAUUUCAGCAGAAAUGAUUUUAGUGAUGGCAGAUUUCCUCAGUCUGUUCGCCUCAUGUCAGGGGUCCAGUGGCUCAAGCUGGAUCGAUCCAACCUGACGCAGGUGCCUGAAGAGCUCGGCAACCUCAUGAAACUUGAACAUCUUUCCCUUACACACAAUGGGCUGGAGAAGUUGUUCGGAGAGUUAACAGAGCUAUGGUCCCUGCGGACCCUCAACAUCCGACACAACAAGGUGAGGAGCUCGGGAAUCCCUGCCCAGCUAUUCCACCUGGAGGACCUCACCACCCUGGACCUCAGCCAUAAUGUGCUCAAGGAGGUGCCCGAGGGGAUGGAGAAAGCCAGGAGUCUGCUCGUACUCAAUCUUAGCCAUAACAAUAUCACAGCCAUCCCCAACACAUUGUUUGUGAACCUGACAGACCUGCUGUUUUUGGACCUGAGUCACAAUCAGUUGGAGACACUGCCACCACAGAUGCGCAGGCUGGCCAACCUCCAGACUCUCAUUCUCAACCAUAACCCUCUUGGCCAUUUCCAGCUCAGACAGUUGCCCAGCCUGGUGGGGUUGGAGACUCUCCACAUGCGUGACACGCAGCGCAGUCCUGCCAACAUGCCAACCAGCCUGGAGAUGUUGUCCAAUCUACGGGAUGUAGACCUCAGUUUCAACGAUCUGCCCAAGGUUCCCGACGCCCUCUACACAGUGCCUACGUUGCGCAGACUGAACCUUAGCAGCAACUGUAUAACUGAGCUAGCUAUGGCAUUGGAGGUCUGGCAGAAUCUGGAGACUCUGAACUUGUGCUGCAAUCAGCUGACAAGUCUGCCUGCAUCUCUGUGUAAGCUGACCUCUCUGCGGCGUCUCUACCUCAACAACAACAAACUGGACUUUGAGGGCAUUCCUUCUGGCAUCGGAAAACUUGUCAACUUGGAGGUGUUCUCUGCUGCCAACAACCACCUGGAGAUGAUUCCUGAAGGCCUCUGCAGAUGUGGCUCACUGAAGAAGCUGAUACUUAGCGGUAACCGACUGAUCACGCUGCCAGACACGGUGCACCUGCUUAGUGAGCUGCAGACCCUGGAGCUCAAAGACAACCCAGAUCUGGUGAUGCCACCCAAACCUCUGGAGGCACAGCGUGGUGCCGGCAUCGAAUUCUACAACAUCGACUUUUCACUGCAGAACCAACUAAGACUUGCUGGUGCCGCCGUACCAGCCCCCUUACCCGUCACUGGUGCCAGUAAAGAUCCCAUCGCUCGCAAGCUGCGGCUGAGGAGAGGCAAGAGAGAUCAUGAAGAAGCUGACUCUGACCAGGCCAAGAUAUUGAAGGGAAUGAAAGACAUUGCCAAGGAGAAGAAUAAACAGAAGACCUUAGAAGAAGUGAAAGCAGAAUCGCUCAAGCCGAAGCGGUGGGACGAGUCAUUGGAGAAACCACAGUUGGACUACUCAGAACUGUUCGAUGAGGAUGCGGGACAGAUGCCGGGGCUGACCGUGUGGGAGAUAGAGAACUUCCUGCCCAACCAGGUGGAGGAGGUGGCACACGGCAAGUUCUACGAGGGCGAUUGUUACAUCAUCCUCAAGACCAGGCUCGAUGAAUCUAGCAACCUACAGUGGCAGAUUUACUUCUGGAUAGGCGACAAGGCUACGCUGGACAAGCGAGCUUGUUCUGCUAUCCACGCAGUAAAUUUGCGCAACUUCCUGGGAGCAGAGUGUCGGACAGCACGGGAGGAACAAGGAGAUGAAUCUGAGGAGUUCCUGGCAUUGUUCCCGAACGACAUUGUCUACAUAGAGGGUGGCCGCACAUCUAGCGGCUUCUACACAGUGGAGGAUGUGGCGUACACUGUGCGUCUGUACCGAGUACACGGUGCCGGCAACUCCAGUAUACACCUGGAGCCGGUGCCAGUCUCUGCGGAGUCUCUGGAUCCUCGGUUCGUCUUCCUGCUGGACACUGGGCUCAAGAUAUUCAUGUGGUACGGCAAGCGAGCUAAAAACACCUUCAAGUCCAAAGCAAGACUGUUAGCGGAGAAGAUCAACAAGAACGAACGCAAGAACAAGGCUGAGAUAAUUAUGGAGACUCUCAACGAUGAGAGCGCAGACUUCUGGAAGGCUUUGGGCGAAGAAGAUGGAAUGAGGCCUGAAGAACCGGUUAUCGAACACGUGAGUGAUGACUUUGCGAUCAUCCCACCUCGGCUGUACCAAGUGAAGCUGGGGAUGGGAUACCUGGAGUUGCCCCAGGUGGAGUUGACCCACAACAAGUUGGUGCACACCCUGCUGCAGAGUCGCAAUGUCUACAUACUGGAUUGCUACAUGGACUUGUUCGUAUGGUUUGGCAAGAAAUCGACUCGACUAGUGCGAGCAGCUGCAGUGAAGCUGUCCCAUGAGCUGUUCACGAUGAUGGAGCGUCCGUCCCAUGCCCUGGUCACCCGAGUGCAGGAAGGUACGGAGUCCCAGAUCUUCAAAAUCAAGUUCUCUGGAUGGGACGAGGUUAUUGCUGUGGAUUUCACUCGAACUGCAGAAUCUGUGCAGAAGACAGGGGCAGAUCUCAAUAAGUGGGCUAGACAGCAGGAGACUAAGGCUGAUCUGGCUGCCCUGUUCACACCGAGACAGCCACCGAUGACCGCCACGGAGGCCCAGCAGCUCAUGGACGAUUGGAACGAUGAUCUGGACGCCAUGGAGGCCUUCGUGCUGGAAGGUACCAUCAACAAGAAGUUCGUCAGACUGCCAGAGGAGGAAAUAGGACACUUCUACAGCAAGGACUGCUACGUGUUCCUGUGCCGCUACUGGGUGCCCGUGGAAGAAGGAGAAGAUGAGGAGAGUCCACCGCCCGAGGAGGACCAUCAAUGUAUCGUCUACUUCUGGCAGGGCCGAGACGCCUCCAACAUGGGCUGGCUCACGUUCACGUUUACGUUACAAAAGAAAUUUAAGGAGCUGUUCGGAGAGAACUUGGAAGUAGUGCGGACACAUCAACAGCAGGAGAAUUUCAAGUUCCUGGCGCACUUCAAGCGCAAGAUGGUGAUACACAUGGGCAAGCGUAAGGAGCCACGGCCACGCAACCAGAGCGCACCAGUGGAGCUGUACCACCUGCGCGCCAACGGCAGCCCUCUGUGUACACGACUGGUGCAAAUAAGGCCGGAUGCAACCGCUCUCAACUCGGCAUUCUGUUACAUCUUGAAAGUGCCGUUUGAGAGUGAGGAGGAAACUGAGAGUGGGAUCGUCUACUUGUGGCUUGGCUCCAAAGCCUCUCCAGAGGAUGUGAAGCUUGCAGAGGAGAUUGCUGAUGAAAUGUUUAACAGCCCAUGGAUCACUCUGCAAGUACUAAACGAAGGAGAGGAACCUGACAACUUCUUCUGGGUGGGGUUGGGUGGACGCAAGCCCUAUGAGAGAGACGCAGACUUCAUGAAUUACACAAGACUGUUCCGUUGCUCCAACGAGAAGGGUUACUUCACCGUCUCCGAGAAGUGUUCCGAUUUUUGUCAGGAUGAUCUAGCAGACGACGACAUCAUGAUCCUGGACAAUGGAGAGCAGGUGUUCUUGUGGCUUGGCUCCAGGUGCAGUGAGGUGGAGGUGAAACUGGCGUACAAAUCUGCACAGGUCUACAUACAACACAUGAGGGCCAAACAGCCAGACAAGCUGCGUAAACUGUUCCUGACGCUGAAGAACAAGGAGUCCAGGCGUUUCACCAAGUGUUUCCACGGAUGGAGUCAGCACAAGAGGCCCCCAGAGUAAAUGUUCCUGCAGCCCAACCACGUUCAGUAUUUUACUGUACAAUAACGUUCAUAAUCACUAGGGAUGGGGUUUGGAUUUUUAAAUUCAGGUCCGGUUAAAUAAAAUUACUUCCGGAUCAAGAUUUUUCAGGUUCAUUUCAAUGUUUUUUUUUUUUUUUUUUUUUUUUAAGUUAAUUUGGCAUUUAAGUAAUUAUAGCUAUAUGUACUUCGCUCAAUUAUGUAACAUUACAUUGUUUUUAACGUUGGUUCAUGUUAUGUAGUUUAUAAAGCAAGAUUUAAAAAUGUUGGUCAUAUUUUAUUUGGAUUUUAAUGUAAUUUUUUUAAUACAGUUAGAGAAUUCUUUUCUUUUUUAUUGUUUAGCAAUCAAUUCAAAAUCACCUCUCUGUUUUAGGGUGACAGUGGUGCUAAAAUCAGUGGGGAAUUAAUGUUUUCUAUAGAAGAGUUUUAUAACUUACCUCAUGUAUUUUAGAUUACUUUUUUCCAGAAAGCUACCAUAAGUGUAAAUAAUAUACUAUACCUUAUUUAUUAUAAUACAUAUUUUAUCUGUUUGGAAAUUUUAUAUUUAUUUCUUCGUUGUAUUAUUCUUUUAAUUAUUUAUCAAUACUCUUAUAUUUAAUUGAAAUACACUCAUGACACUAAUUUUAUAACAUAGUCUAACUAAAUUCUGUACCUUCUAUAAACUACGUUGAUCAUAGUAAUCUAGUAUUGUACUAAUUAUUUAUUUAUUUAAGUCCGAAAUAUUGUAUUUAACAAGGAUAGUUAAUCUGUUACUUAGGUUAAGAAUUUUUCAUUGUACUUUUCUAGUCCGUACUGAUCAUACGCUAAAUAACAAAAAGAAAUAAAAUAUUUUUACAAAUCAAAA